CGUGAAAGCAAUUAUCAUUGUUCUUGUUUACCAAAAUAAAAGUACGGAACAGUACAGCGAAAUUGAAUUAUAAGGCCAGCAUUGUUUUUAAACGGAAUGAACUAAGUUUUAUAGUGAAAUGUCUGAUAAACUAGCUAUUUUGCCACGGCUACAAGGAGUAGAAAAAAGUAUCUGGAAGGAAUAUGCCGAAUUAGCUGAAAAAUAUAAACCUCUAAACUUAGGCUUAGGAUUUCCAGAUUUCUCUCCUCCGAAAUUUGUCACAGACGCUCUGAAAGAAGUUUUGAAUAGAGACGAUCCACUUUUGCAUCAGUAUUGCAGGCCAACUGGCCACCUACAUCUGGUAAACGUACUCGCGAAGUUGUAUACCAAACUGCUGAAGAGAGAUGUGGAUGCAGAAACAGAAAUUUUGAUCACUCUGGGAGCAAGUGAAGGACUAUUUUGCGCUGUUACUGGACUAGUUGGCGACGGAGAUGAGGUCAUUAUCAUAGAGCCUUAUUUUGAUGUGUAUGUUCCAUUGAUCAAAAUAGCUGGAGGUGUGCCAAAGUUCGUUGCACUGAAACCGAAAUCAAAAUCUGAUGGGAUUUCUAGUUCUGCAGAUUGGGUUUUUGAUCCGAAGGAAUUGGAAAGCUUAUUUAAUAAUAAAACCAAGGCUAUUAUCCUGAACACUCCCAACAAUCCCUUAGGAAAAGUAUUUGAUUUGUCGGAAUUGACUUUAAUAGCCGAUUUGUGCAAAAAGUGGAAUGUUCUGUGUAUAUCUGAUGAGGUGUACGAAUUUAUGGUAUAUAAACCAAAUGAACAUAUUAGAAUAGCAUCUCUACCCGGGAUGUGGGAAAGAACCGUAACCAUUGGAUCUGCAGGGAAAACCUUCUGUGCAACAGGUUGGAAAGUGGGAUGGGUAUAUGGAUCUGCUAAUUUAUUAAGAUCCUUACAAAUUGUUCAUCACUAUUCAGUAUAUGGUGGAAGCACUCCUACUGAAGAAGCCAUAGCUAUAGCAGUGGAACAGGAAUUAUCCCGUUUUGGGGAGCCAGAUUCUUAUUUCGUCACGUUGCAAAAUGAAUUAAAGGAAAAACGAGACUACAUUGUAAAGAAACUUUGUGAAGCUAAUAUGAAACCCGUAGUUCCUGAUGGGGGAUUUCUUAUAAUAGCAGACUGGUCUCAAUUAGAAUCGCGCAUAAACUUAAGCUCGGAGAAAGGUGAGAAUAAAGAUGAGCGAUUUACGAAAUGGUUGAUAAAAAACAUUGGACUUGGAGGAAUACCACCAUCAGCAUUCUAUAACGAAAAAAACAAGGAAGUAAUCGAAAAUUAUGUACGAUUCUGUUAUAUUAAAAAACAAGAAAAUUUGGAGAAAGCUGCCGAAUUGUUGAAAAAAUUGAAUAAUUAAAACUACCUAAACAGUUGAUACCUUUAUUCUGUUAAUAAAAUAUCUCAAAAUG